AUGUCAGUUGCCGCAUCAAGGACCAAAAGCAACACCAGCAGCUCCGUGAAAGGUUUUGCAGUGGACCAAUCGCCCAAGUUGCAUAGAACAGCUUCCCAUUCCUCUACGAUAAGUAACAGUACCCUGCAUACGAACUUCCAGAAUAAUUGGUUCCCCAACAGCGAGAUUGUGCCCCAAAAACAAUACGCCGUGACUUUGAAGUUGUCCAGUAGAGAGAUAGAAAUGGUCCAGAACUCUUGGGCUGAUAUUUUGUCUAUGGAUGUUACAAACUCAGGUGUUAAUGGUGAGAAUCUUGCCACUUCGAACGCAAAAUCCUCAAAAAGCAGAUCAACUACGAAAAUCCUCAACGUCAACACAGCCAGCUUCGCAUCAUCAACGUUCUGCGUCCAAUUCUACAACAAUUUAAUCACCAUGAUCCCUGGAGUGGAGAAACUUUUCCCCAGCAUCAAGCAUCAGGCCAUAUCAUUUGCUGGGGUAAUGAACUCGGCGGUUGUCAACCUGGGGGACCUGGCAGCCAUGCAUGACUAUCUGGAGAACUUGGGACGGCGGCAUGCCAGAAUCUUGGGUAUUGAUCCUCCUUACUUCAAAAAAAUGGGAGAGGCUUUAGUCAAGACGUUUAGAGACAGAUACUCUAAGGACAUGUCACAGUUCUCUGUUGAAUUAGAAGAGCUAUGGAUUCGUUUGUACUGUUUCCUGGCAAACUCUAUUUUGCAAGGAGGAAUCGAUCCUAUAGUGAGAUAUGAGCCCCCCAACAUGAUCGACUCUGGAAGAAAAUCAUUGCUCUCUGACACGGAUUCUGUUUUAUUCGAAGAAAAUGCCUCCACGACAAGCUCUCUAGCCGAUACUACCAACGUCACUCCUACUGCUUCAGCUGCAAGCUCGUUUUUCUCGGGCCGUCAGUCUCUAGCGUCCACAAUGGAUGUGGUCUCCACCACUGGCGGUGUUCCCUCUCCUAAUCGUGCCAGAAUGGGGUCUACCACCAACAUGGACUUGAAAAAGAAAGCUGUUACGAGCAGCACCGGCCGUAACUUCUCCAAACGUUCGCAAUUCUCCAGGAUGAAAAAGGGAGGAUCCAAGCCAUCCAACCCUGACGAACCCAACUGUGUGCUUAUGUAA